UUCCAACCAAAAAGCUGUCUCCAGCCACACCGAAACCAAGCCAUGUCAGUCCUGGCCCUGGGCGCCGCCGCUACCUGGCCGGAGGCCGUCGUCCAGUGCCUCCUCUUCAUCUUCGCCGCGGGCAUGCUCGUCGUCCUCCACUCCCUCCCCCGCCGCGCCGCCCUCCGCCUCCGCCGCGGCGCCGGCGGCUCCUCCGCCGCGCAGUCGCGCCGGCACUUCGCGCAGGGCGCCCAGCUCCUCGCCCGCGCACGCGCCGCCGCGCCAAAGCCCCCGGGUCCGCUCGCCCGCGCGGCCGUCGCCGAGGCCGACCGCGCCAUCGCGCUCGACCCCCGCGACGCCGCGCCGCUCAUCCUCAAGGCCCUGGCCCUGGACCUCCAGGGCCACCGCCUCCCCGCGCUGCGCACCCUCGACCUCGCACUCGCGCCGCUGCUUGCGCGCUCCCUCGAGCCACGGGAGCGCGGGGACGCGCUCGCCAAGCGCGCCGAGAUCGCGCUCGCGCUCAACCGCCGCCGCCGCGUCGAUCAGGCCGCCGCAGAUCUCGCCGAGGCUGUCCGCCUUAGCCCCGAGAACCCCCGCGCUCACGCUCUGCUUGGCGAGUGCUACGAGAGGAAGGGCCUCGCCGCCGAGGCCCGAAAGUCGUUCAAGACCGCCGCCUCCAUAGACCCAACUCUGCCUAUUGUGCGCGACGGUCUCCGUCGGACAGGCGGAGGGAGCGAGGGCAACGAGAGUGAUUGAUGAACCUGUUGUGCUAGCAUUUGUAACUAUUGUUGUAUAUUUGGGCGUGGAAUGCACAAUUCCCUCGAAUACGGAAAACGGUAAAUGUGUUAUGUAUAAUUUUUCAUGGCUUUGCUGUGUUGCUACCUGAUGUGUUAAUUACGUUGGUCCACUCAUGAACUGAAUAUGCAAUUUUAGUAGAUUGGAGAAUUUAUAACUCAGCUGUUUACUGUGCUGA